AUGCCUCCGUUCUCCCCAUUUUUAUUCCUCCUGGGAAGCAUUACAGCGACCGUCGUUAAUGCACAACCCACUGUCAAACGCUCACAGCCAACUUGCUCUGAUGUCACCAUUCCUGUUACAAUCACCGCAGAGAAUUAUCAGACCCCAGGUGGAUUGUUGUCUGUGCUAACCAAUCUCGAGACCGGCGCCAUUGCCGAAGAGUUGCAAAAUGUCUUGAACGAUGCUGGGAGCAUUAUCCAGGAGACUUUGUCCACUGGCGGAACAUACGACAUAUCUGCCCGCUUCUGUGAACCCGAAAUCCAGGUGCCCGGAAGAUCUGACACGAUUCAGCUGUUAGUUCAUGGAAUCACUGUGGAUAAGAACUACUGGUCGGGAGGUGGCUUUCCUGAGGGAUUGGACGGCGACGUCUACUCCUGGAUCGCCUAUGCUUCCAAAUUGGGCUUUCCAACGCUGUCUAUCGAUCGCUUAGGUUAUGCUAACUCCUCACACCCUGACCCAAUCCUUGAAGUUCAAGUUCCAGCUCAAGUUGAGGUUCACCACGACAUCAUUACGAAGCUUCGCAACGGUGACAUUGGCGGUCGUAAAUUCAGUAAAGUUGCCUAUAUUGGCCAUUCCUUCGGCUCGGUCCUGGGCAACAGCCACUCAUCUACGUACCCAAAUGAUGUCGACGCUCUGAUCCUCACCGGUUAUACCAAAUUCAUCAAGCCUACGUUGCCCGGUAUUGCUGUCACUCCACUUGCGCUACCAGCUGUACUAGUUUCGUCCCGAUACAGCGAUCUCGCUCUUGGCUACAUGGCAAUGAGCAACGAUGCUGGACGCGUCUCUCUGCUAUUCACCGAUGACAAGAGCGAGUGGCCACAAGAAAUUGUUCCUCUCGACAGAUCAACUCAAGAUACUGUCACUGUGGGCGAGUUUAUCAGUGCCAUAUUCUCUACAAACGUCGCAAACGAUUAUACCGGACCUGUUCAAGUCAUUACUGGGCACAAGGAUCAGGUCUUUUGCGGAAUAUCUCUACCUGAAGUCACUGGAGAGACGAACUGCGGCGAGGGCGACCAAAACAUGAUUGCCCAGACUGGGACCCUUUAUCCAAAGGCCAACUAUUCUUACGUUGAUAUUCCAGGCACCGGGCAUGUUCUCAACUACCACUACACCGCUAACCAAACUUUCAAGGCCGCACAUGACUUUCUUGAAGACCAUGGCUUUUAA